AUGAUAAAUACAACAAGAGAAAUCACAGUGAAUUCUUCGGAAAAUGGCAAACUAAAAGUACAAAAUCUGUGGAUUUUGAUAGUGGUGAUUGGAAUUUUAUUUAGGAUUGUUCUUGCCUUUUAUCAACCACAUUCGGGAAAGUCAACACCUCCAAUGUUUGGAGAUUUCGAAGCUCAGAGACAUUGGAUUGAAGUUACAUCUAAUUUACCAAUAUCUGAGUGGUAUUUUUAUGAUUUGGAAUAUUGGGGAUUGGAUUAUCCUCCUCUCACUGCAUUUCAUCACUAUUUGAUGGGUAAAGUAAAUGGAUACCUAAAUCUAUGUGAUGGUUGUUUUGAGUUUAUGACAUCGAGAGGUAAUCAGAAUGUUUCAGUGAUUAUGUUCAUGAGAAUUUCUGUAAUAUUGAUGGAUUUAUUAUUAUACAUUCCUGUCUGUUUAUUAUUGUUGAAAUUGAUAUUCAAAUUAAGAAGAAUUAUGGACACUACAUUAGAUACUAGUUUUGGAAUUGAAAUUUUUUGGAUGAUAUGUUGUCCCUCUUUAAUGAUGAUAGACCAUGGACAUUUCCAAUAUAAUAGUAUAUUUUUAGGAUUUACAAUAAUUGCCAUUUAUAUGCUAAUGAAAUAUUUAGAGGAGAAUCAUGUGAUUCACUUGUCAUUGGCCUCAAUGUCAUUUGUUUUCUCAAUUUCAUACAAACAAAUGUCACUCUAUUAUUCCCUUCCCUUCUUUUUCUUCAUUUUGGCUCUCACUAUUAGAGAACCAAAAAGAUUCCUUAUUGUAGCAUUGUCUGUAAUAUUUUCAUUUGGUUUAAUGUUUGGACCUUUCAUUUUACAAAAGAAUGGCACUGAAAUAUUUUUACAAGUUAUUCACAGAAUGUUUCCAUUCAAGAGAGGACUUUUUGAAGAUAAGGUGGCAACAUUUUGGUGCUCCACAUCCAUGUUUAUCAAAUGGAAUGUCUUAUUUGGAGAAAAAUUGGUCAAGCUUUCAACCAUUCUGACUUUUCUUUUCUCCCUUCCAUCCUGCAUUCACUUGCUUUUUAUUACAAUGAAAAGAUCCACCAAUUCUGCUCUAUUUUUGAGCAGAAUAUUUGUAACUAGUGUUACAAUUGUCUCAUUCUCCUUUUACAUGUUCUCUUAUCAAGUUCAUGAAAAGACAAUUCUGGUUCCUCUCAUUCCUAGCAUUGUGUUAUAUUGUUUGGAUGUAAAGGGAUUGCGCCAAUAUGUCCCACUCCUCAAUAUUGUUGCAUGCUUUAGCAUGUAUCCAUUGUUUAUCAAGGAUAAGCUCACCCUUGCAUAUUAUGUCAUUCAAUUAGUUUCCAUCUCAAUUACUUUCAUGGAUUUUCAUUCCUUAUCCAAAAUCUCCCAAGUUGUUUCUAUUUUCAGUAUUUUGGGAAUGAUUGGUAUUCACAUUCUUCUUGAUUAUGCAAAGCCACCAAUGAGAUAUCCAGACUUGUUUACCUUGUUUUGCACAACAUUUAGUUUUAUUCACUUUGUACUCUUCUUUAUUAAGGCAUAUUAUGUGCAACUUUUUGGGUUGCGGGAUAAUAGUGCCUGUCAUGAAAAAUCUAAUUAA